UCUAUUUCCAACUUUCGUCUUUCAUUUUCCGAGUCUGAACCAGUGCACCAAGAUAAAAUGUAUGGAAGAUUUCUCGUUACUUGCUUGCUCAUCAUGACUAGCAACGCGUGGUGUUCAGCGAUCAGGAGACAUUUUAGCCAUCGGUCCCGUAACUACGCUUCCGGGGAGGCUCGUUAUUACGAGGUUGCCACCGGAGCGCAAACCGCAUGCGGUGGAUACCAUACCAGUUCACAGGCCAUUUGCGCAGCUGGUGCAUCGGUUUUUGGGCAAGGACACCGCUGUGGAAAGUCUCUUGUAAUUUAUUACGGCUCGAAGCACGUGGUCUGUAUCUUGGAUGAUAAAUGUCCAUCAUGUGCAGGCGACUCCCUCGAUCUAUCCCCCGCCGUCUUCAAGGCACUUGCACCAUUAUCUCAGGGAGUGCUGCAAGUUCACUGGCAAUUUGUUUGAAGCAAAACUUCUUCACUUCACGAAGCUUCGAAACUAGUAUCGGUGGCCAAUUUGGAUGAUAAUAGACGCUCACAGCGGCAAUUACCAGUAAUCCACGCGACAGAGUGCUCAUUACACCGGAGACAUGGUUGAGGAUCAUCACGCACAUGACUAUCUCUGUUAAAAAAACAUUCUUUGACCGAACACAAUCCUUCUAUGCGUCUGAUACUACGGGUUUGAUCCCAAUGUGACACCUCUUAUAUACUGAUUUCCACACACACCCGUUUUUCAUUUGCUUUUCAUUGGUAUGAUCGGACGUCCCUUUAAAUCAAUACCUUACUAGCUCGCCACUUCAUUUCCAUCAUUCUCACAUCAUGUCUGACAAACAAAAGCUUGAAAGCAGUCUAUGUGUGAUCUAGAUGUUAUGCUUGUCGCCAGCUAUGCCUCUUGGAUAUGUGCCCCUCGUUUCCAUAUUUGGAUGCACAAAUUGAUACCUAUGAAAUACAUAAAACGAGGAAUUUGUUGGAUGGGGCAAUCGUAGCCUUAAU